CGCUCUGGCACUCGGCUCCGCUCUAUGGUCGGGGGCUGCUCUGUUCCCGGCUCUACGACCCGACGGCGGUAAAAGCCGGCGCGCGCCACAGCCGUUGGGCGGCGCUGGCUCUGGCUGCGGGUCUCCGGCUGGCGUGCGUCACUAUGGCUGAGGGCGGCAGCCUCAUCUCUGUGGACUAUGAAGUCUUUGGGAAGGUCCAAGGAGUGUUCUUCCGCAAGUACACCCAGGCUGAGGGUAAGAAGCUGGGGGUGGUUGGCUGGGUCCAAAACACCGAAGACGGCACUGUGCAAGGACAAAUCCAAGGUCCCAGUGUCAAGGUACGGCAGCUGCAGGAAUGGCUCAGGAAGACAGGAAGCCCCAAAUCCCACAUCGACCGAGCAGAAUUCCACAAUGAGAAGAAGAUUGUUGCACUGGAGUACAGGAACUUCAGCAUUGUGAAAUAACUAGACAGAAAGCACUGAGGAAGGAGUUGAGCUCUCAAAAACUUCCCCACCAACCUUUACUUGUUCAGUCAGAUAGUGUCCAAAUACAGAGAGUCCUUAGUUUGAUCUUGUUACUCUUCUAAUUUAUUGUCUGUUUGUUAUACUAUUUAACCCUGAACCUUCCUGAAUCCCAUGGGCAGGAAAACAGGCAGACUGGAGGGUGAGACUGCCUUUAAUAAAGGGAUCAUUUGGAAACCCAACCUCUCAUAUCUGAAUUUAUUUGCAACCAUUCAAACUCAUUUUGCAUUUUAGAGAAUACACAGUCAGUAUAGUAUCCCAUCUAUUUCA